UAGAGACCAUCCAGGACACAUUCAGCUCUCGAGUCAAUGACUUCACCAUGAUUCUGUUCACUGUGGACUCAGAUCCUACAGAUCCAGCUGUUGGUAACUUUGUAAAGGAAAACAAGGACAUCCAGGAGCUCUGUGAGAGCUGUGGAGGAAGAUCUGUUGUUCUCAACAUCAAAGAGAAACUGCAGCUCCCAGAACUGUUGGAGACUGUGGAAAAGAUAACAGUUCACAAAAACUAUACAAUAACCAUGUUUACACGUGUCUGUGUGGAUAAAAUCACCACACUCCAGGCGGAGCUGAAAAACUUGAAACCACAUGAUGUUGGCCUUUUGGAGGAAGAGAAGCAGAGCUCAGACUGUCUGAGAAUUGUGCUGAUCGGAAAGACUGGCAGUGGAAAGAGCUCCUCAGGAAACACCAUUCUAGGAAGAAAAGAGUUCACAACUGGCGCAAGCCAGACAUCUGUUACCAAAUGUUGUCAGAAAGCACAGGGUGAUGUGGACGGUCGUCCUGUUGUCGUGCUCGACACUCCUGGACUCUUUGACUCGACUUUGUCACAUGAAGAGGUCUGUGAGGAGAUGAGUAAGUGCAUCAGUCUUCUGGCUCCAGGACCACAUGUCUUCCUGUUGGUGUUGCAGAUUGGCCGAUUAACGCCAGAGGAGAAAGAGACUCUGAAACUGAUCAAGAAAGUCUUUGGGAAGGAUUCUGAGAAAUUCACCAUCAUUCUUUUCACAGGAGGAGAUACACUCGAACAUCAUGAACAGUCUAUUGAAGACUACAUUAAAGAUGCAUGUGAGGAUUCGUUUAAAAAUCUGAUCACUCACUGUGAAUCGAGAUACCAUGUGUUCAAUAACCGUGAGAAACAAAGUUGCACACAAGUCAGUGAGCUGAUAACAAAGAUUGAAACCAUGGUGAAGAAAAAUGGAGGAAACUGCUUCACCAAUGAGAUGCUGCAAGAAGCUGAAGCAGCAAUAAAGAAACAAAUGGAGAAGCUGCUGAAAGAGAAGGAAGAAGAGAUGAAGAGACAGAGGGAGGAACUCGAAAGAAAACACCAGGAAGAAAUGAAAUCAAUGAAAAGACAAAUGGAAGAGCAAAGAAAAGAAAAUGAACAGAGAGAUGAGCAACUCAGACAGCUACAGAACAGCAUCCACAUUCAGUCUGAAGAGAGAAAGAAAGAACGAGAAACUAGAAAGAAAGAGAGAGAAACAGAAGAACUUAAAAGACAAGGAUGGGAACAAAAAAUUCAAGAACUGGAGGAAAAACUACAAUCAGAGUCAGAAUCAAAGGAAAUGAUUAACAGCGAUCUUGAACAGUACAAAGAAAAUAUAAGAGAGCAGGAUCAACUGAAAGAAAAACAAAACCAAGAUGAUGAACAGAAAGAGCAGAAACUCAGGAAGCUCAAAGAAGAAUACAACCAAGAAAAAGACAAAUAUGAACGUGAAAAAGAAAAAGAGGAUGAAAUCAAAAUAGAACAAGAAGAGAAACUAAAAGAGUUGGAGGAAAACUAUAAGAAAGAAAUUGAAAACAUACAGGAAGACAUGGAGAAGUCUAAAGAAGAGGCCAGAAGAACAGCUGAAGAGUUGAAUGAAUUCAGAGAAAAAUAUGAAGCUGGGAUACUUAAACUCAUGGAGGAGGUGGUUGAUCUAGAGAUGGAAAAGGAGGAAUUUGAAAGAUUAAAGGAUCUGUCAGACCACAAAGAAAAUAGUCUGAAGCAGGAAAUAGGUGUUCUGCAGGGUAAACAUAAAUCAGAAAUAGCUGAUUUAGUCCUGAUGCUCCUGAGUCAAAAGCAGGAAAACAAGAAAAAAAUAAAAAGUAUGCAGGAAUCACACAGAAAAGAGGAAGAGAAGCUUAAAAAGGAUCUUUUACAUGAGAAAAGGGAAGAAGAGAAGGAAGAAGUUGGCAAACUAAAGAAGAAACAAAAAGAAAAAAUGAAAGAAUUGAAGAAACGGCUUUUGACCCAAAACAAAGACGACUGGGAGACAGAAAGGGAAGAGCUGUUCAACCAACAUGAAAAAGAAAUUUGUGAUUUAAAGCAAACUCUUUUAACAAAGCUGCAACAAAAUCAAAAGAAAAAAUUAGUUGAAUUAAAGGAAAACCACGAGCAAAAACUGGACGAAUUCAAACAAAAGCUUCUGAAAGAAAAUGAAAAAAAUGAGAAAGAACAACUUGAUGAGCUGCAGAAGAAACAGGAAAAAGAAAUGAAUGAACUAAAACAGAAACUCGGGACCCAAGAUGACGACAGUACCAGGAAGGAACUGGAAGAAAUGCAGAAAAAACACGAAACAGAAAUUAAUGCGCUGAAAGAAAAACUUCUGACUACAGACAAGAAACAGCCCUGCUUUGUCUCAUGAGCAAAACUGCAGACAUCAAGAGAGACAUUCAUGUCCUUUAUCCUUCUAAGUCUUUCUUUUUGCUAUUUGGGCUGAUUGGGACCUGAUGAAUGUAUAUAUAAAAAAGAAAGAAUUACAAGAUAUUUUUUUUAUACCUGAUUUUUGUUUCUGAG